AGUUGCAACCAGGGGCGGACUGACCAUAUGGAAACUCGGGCACUGCCGGAGGGCCCGGGGUCAGUAGGGGGCCCCAUGAGAUGCCCCUGGUACCUUUAUCAUAGGCUUUUUAAAGUUUGGGUAAGGACACGGGGGCCCCAUGAUCACCUAUUGCCUGGGGGCCCCAUGAGUUGUCAGUCCGCCCUGUGUGUGGGUGUGCUUGAGUCAGGGAAAUCUUCCUGCUGUUAGAAUACAAUACCACAGUGGAAAGGAUUCCACCAUCCACGUAGAGUGUGUUGAUGGGGGAAUC